CAAAUCUUUUGCUCAACAAUAAUUACGUUUAUAUUUCUUCUUUCACAUUUGUAGUCCAAGAGUUCGUAGCGCUAAUCCUAAACAAAAAAUGCCGAACUUUAACGGUGCCAUUAUAGUGCACACUCUGGAGUACCUCAAGUCGCCGGCAACACUGCAAGAAAUUUUAAUGACCAUUGCAACCAAAACUGAAAUGCAGGCAGAGGAUUUGCAUUUGCCGGUUAAGGAGACGCUCGAGAUUGGCAGGCGUUCUGGUUUCUUACAAAAGUCUAAUGACAAAUAUUUCCUCAUGCCUGUAACAUUCGGCUCCCUGAUGGAGCAUGCACAGGCCGCUGAUUUAGGGACCUUGGCCAUGCCCGCUGCCUCGGGCAAGCAAUCCAAGUCUAAGGAUGACCCCAAUUGGGUUAAGGAGACAAAACCCAAAGGCGAACGGAAGCACCGAAAAAAAACGCUGGAGCAGGCAAUGGCCAGUGCCCAGAAGAUGACCAAACAGAUGAUGCCACCAGCGAUGGAACAGCAAGCCAGCUCACAAUCGCCACCGCCUACUCAUCUGCGCCUCGUGUGCCCCAAGCGCUCAAGGAUCCUCCAAAGGAAACUCGAGUAGAGGUUGAAUCGAAGUCGAAAAGAAAAUUUUACGUUUAUUUUCCGUUACUUUCUGUGUCUGUCUACUCGUAUCCUGAAAAUGAAAUGUUGCCAUAUUGUGGCGAAAUGCGUUUUGAAAAA